AUGCAGGGGGAGUACCAGUACAUAUCCAGGCCCGCGGAACUUCUGAGGUUUUUCUCCAGUGAUGAUAUUGUAGCACAGAAGGUUGAGUUCGUCGCGGUCCUUACUAGGAUCGUGUUCACCCCAUCCACUAGCUGCGUGCUAAUGCUGCAAAACUUUGAACAUGGCCGCGAUGACCGAAUCCCAUAUGUCGUAAAGCUUCCUUGCAGGACAUGGGAACAAUCGCAGCUUGUGGCGAUUGUCUUGAAGCUGCUAAUGCAUGGUUUUGGGCUAGAUACAGAGAAAGUCGGCGAUGAGUCUGGGUUCGAUCUAGCGGAUAUCCACAUUAAACACCUAUGCUUUGCUCGAUGUAGAGGCAAGUUCAUUACGAACGAUAAAAAUGGUAGCAUUCUCCUGGACGAGAUCCUUGGAAUAGAUAUCGAUAAGGAGUUGCGGAAUGAGGCUGCGGGUAGCCAGCGUCUAUCGAACGAGGACUGGGGUGUCGUGAAUAAGAUUACCGAUAAUCUCAUCCGACUAGACCGGGAUAGUUCCCACAGGUUUAAUUUUAAUAACCUGGCUCACUCUACAAGACAGUUCAUCGACUACUUAAAGUAUAGGACAGAACGGUUAACGCAGGUGGACUUGAGAAUGAAUCCUAUGUUUGGUGCUAACCAACUCCUAUGCAUGAAGGAAUCGCAAGAUGACUUCAACUCGCAGCAGGAUGAUCCAUAUUUCAACUCUGCGGAACAACUCCAUACUGGAUUCUCUCUUCCGAAUCCUUUAGAAGAAACGGCUGCGGUUUCUUCGGGGUAUCCACAGGGUGUCGUGACCGAACCAAAGGCUGACUCACCAUCCGUGGAACUGCCGAGCACAGAACACGGCCGAUCAUAUACACGAGACGAGAGGCCUGUGUUGAGCAUGCAGCCUAUCUCAAGGAUUAUGCAGCUAACAAACUCUUCGAAAAGAAAACAGAUGCCCCAUUCACCGCUCAGCACACAUAGUGCUCCUUGUGACGGAACAAAUAAGCGCCCCACUCUCCCACUUGUCCCAGAUGAUGCCACCGGGAAGCGUAAGCGUACAUCGACGACCGCUGGUGUCGUUGAGACGGCUUUAACUAUCGACACGUUAGAAAACAGCGAGGAAGGGAAACUUGUAUCUACGACCGGCUUCAUUGCUGGACUGUACCCGAAUGUCUAUGAAGAAUGUGUUCCACGUGGCAGCUCGUUCAUACUAUACUUUCCAUUAACUACUGCUGAUACAUGCGAAGUCCAGGAUCCCGCCAAGAACUGUAUUGAGAUAUACUCAUCUGACAUAGAUUACGUGCUCCAGCAAUACGACAUAGAUCAUAAUAUGGACAGAAAGGAGGCCCUGAUCCUCUUGAACAGUCGCCUAGAUAAAUUGGAGGUAAGGCUAUCUAUAACAAAGGCUAAACUAUUUUUCAGCGACAGUACGUAUAGCUUUUGCUGGGAGUUGAAGGCGCUGCAAGUGAAUGCAGAAACUUUAACUCAAUUUACUUCAAUUAAAAUGCCUAAUCCGCUACCUGAAAGAGGUAAUGCGUUAUCUAUUGAUCAGCUCAGUGCAACAACCUCGUCCGCAACAAUAUUUGCGAUGUUGAUAUGUGCAAGGGUUGAUCCUGGUUCUAAGGUGCAUCAUUUCUCAUUUACAGACUUCACGGAAAACUUAUUGAUCUCUUGCAAGCUGGACCCAUACCUAAACGAUUAUUGUAAUCGUCUAAAAGCGACAGAAUGCAUCUACGUGAAAUCUUACCCAGAAUAUAUCCAUAACCUUGAUGCAUAUACCCUCAGGCAUUAUAAUCGGAGGUUGGUUGAUUGCCAUAAUGGCCGCGACACAAACCUAACUAACUUCGGCAUGGUAUUUCGACUAAAGCUUGAUGUUAAAAGCUACCAGCAACGUAUAAAUGGCAUUAUACGUGAAGCAGUGCUGAUUACGGGGGACACAAGGUUCACCGGAGAUGAAGAGCGUCUACUGGAGGCUUUUUACAAUCGCGCUUUUCAGCGCAUAGAAAACAAAUGUUUUUUCCACAACUACAAGCGCUAUAAAGUAUGCUUUCCUAUUAAUUCCCUAGGGGAAAGAAAUUCUCGUCUUCCGGUGCCCUCGCUACUAGCCCAUACGCUAACAUUGCCAGCAGAAUGCGUCUGUGCGCGCAUUCCUGCUGCCAAUAGUGAUGUUGCGUCACACAGCAUAAAAGUUUUCUCCUCAAUCGCAGAGCUGCAAUCUAACCCCCUGUCUAGCGAGGGGGUUCUGUACCUGCUCAAGGGAAAGAUUCUAUCCACUGUGGUGGAUAGUUCCAAAGCUACGAUUUACAUAACAAACGACGCUAAAUUGCAAGAAGAAGUCUCUGUACGUGGCUUUCUCCGACUUCAAAUCCUUGGGGAGGCCAACGUCAGCUACUUUUGUGGGGCGGAUGAGGCUUCCACAGAUGUUUUACAGGCCCUGAACCUCCGAGCGUUUAAGUUCUAUUUGCUUCCAGGCGAAGUGCAGAUUUCUCCUUCAAAGACUGCACGGGUAUGGUGCCCGGUAGAAUGCUCUAUAGAAGAACUGAACUCACAAUUGCAGUUAUCAGAUAAUCUAGUGAAGUUAGAGCAGCACACAUGUAACAAUUGA